GGCCGCCAAGUGGAAACACCCUGUUAUCGUACAGCUUCUACGCAAAAGAGACAUGCUGAGCUUAAGAAGAUAUAAGGCAGAACAGUUACGACGUAGCGGGCCACGAAGAUACCUAAAAAUUUCACCUCGUUGCAUGCGCUCUGCCAACCCUGGAGAAUAAGCUUCUGCCCAAUAUCAUAAAGGCAAAAUCCAACUAUUAAUAUAAUAGUUUGCACAAUUAAGCGUGCGUCACCGCCUGAGCAUGGAUGUAUAGCCGGGAGGUUGGAGGACGACGACGCACUUAGCACAAUGUCGGGAGAUCAAGACAUCUUACCAACGCCACCCAAAGCUGUAGCCGAUGAUAUCCAGCUGGACCCCGGGGGCUUGUCGGGUGCGAGGCCUGCGGGCGACGAUGAGCAGGGUGACGCUGGCGACGCGGACUUGGACCAUGGCGGCAUGGACGUCGUGCUCGACUGUCGUGUAGCGGGUGGUCUGUUAGCUGGUCGACGACCUGCGGGUUAUCUACAGGACACCGGAAAGGCGCCACAACCGCCGGCUAAGGAGCCUGGCACAUCUACGCUAGCCUCCUGCAUGCAGUCACCCGGGCUGAAGCCCGGCAAGACGGUUAUCAACCUCCACAACAACCGACUAGCACAGUUCCUGGGCUACGACCUCUUCAAACGCACCCAUGCCAUCAUCCGGUACCCCAACAGUCGCUACAUGGACCAAACCGUCAAAAUAGCCAACAUCCAGGUCUGCCCCAUUGCGGGUAAGUACGACCAGCGGCGCGCACUGCUGUCAGGCAAGGAUGCCGGCAGCCAAGCAGUGCUGGUGCUGGGCGGCAGGCACGUGGGAGCGGUGGGCAUCGUUCCAGCUGGCUUCAUGGGCGGUAUAAAGCCCGAGGUGAAGUUGGUGGACAGGGAGACCGGCGAAUUCAAGGAAACCGUCCGAGUGGAGGCCGCCAAACUCCACGCUGUGGCAACAUCCGAGCUAGGAGCGCGUGCUUUCUCGCAGCAGCAGGCAGAUGCCAUCCGCCCGCAUGCACUCUCGGACGCCUCCAGUGUCCCCCGGCCUGCCCAGUGGUCAAUCGCGGAUGUGGCGGCCAGCAGCGGGGCAGUUGGGGGAGUACGGCAGGCCGUACAGCAGGGGUCGACCGGGCAGCGUGUGUACCGCGUGCCCCGGCGGGAGCUGGAGAGCUUCAUACUGUGGGUCCAGCUGGAGGGGCGUGUUGACUAUGUGGUGGAGCGGGUGACUGUGCACCGGGCCCCGGUGCAGGUGUUGCAGUUCAUGGCAAGCGGUGAACCCUACCCGCCGCCGCGACCCAUGCAGCGAAAGCUGGCAUCAUGCAAGCUGCUUUGCAAUCGCACAGCUAGCUGCGGCAGCGGCAAGCGGAAGACCCUGCGCGUGGGAUGCCCCCACCAGCUGCUGCUGUCGGUGCACGUGGACGACCCUGACACGGUGGUGGUGACGGAGGAGGCGCCGCACGCGUAUCAUGACCCCGAGGACCAGCAGCACCUGCGGCUGGUGCCCGAGGUGGUGGAGGCGAUUGAGGACUUUUACAUCAGACAAAACCAUCCGCCGUCCAAGGUGCUGCAGCUGGUGGCGGACAACCUGCCAGCCUACGCACAGCCGUACGUGAGCGCAGGUUGCAUCACGAUGGAGGAGGCCAAGCUGUCAAGGCGCUUCAACCCAACUGCUGGGGACGUCUUUGCCAUCCAGAGACGCCACGAGCGGGCGCUGAACAAGCAGAAGGAGGGGCCCGUGCACGGCGGAGAUGGCGAUGGCGGCAGCAGCAGCGGAGGCGGCGGCAGCAGCAGCGGAGGCGGCGAUGGCCUGCCAACAGCCGCACCUGCUCCUCCUGCCCUUCGGGACUGUACAAAGGGGCUGGGACUUUUGUGCGGCGGCGGCCUGCGCACAGGCACGGCUGUUCCUACCCCGACCCAGCAGGGGGGUUCGCAGGGGCAGGGGGCCUUGGGUGGAAGCGGCGGCGGUGUCAUCAGCAGCGUAAGCGGCGGUGUCCUGCCAUUAGCCGCCGCUGUCCUUUCUAUUGUCCUUCAGAAGCGAUCGCAGGGGCAGGGGGCCAUGGGCUUCCCUGCAGUUGAUGGUGGCGGAAGCAGCAGCAGUGUGGGCGGCAGCGGCGGCAGUGUGAGCGGCGGCAGCCUGCCAGCAGCUGCCGCUGUUCCUGCUCCUACACACCAGGGGCGUUCCCAUGGGCAGGGGCCAUUGGAUGGAGGCGGCGGGGGUGGUGGCGAGGGUGGCAACAGCAGCGGAAGGGGUGGCCUCCACCCGUUAGCCGCCGCUGCUAUUUCUUUUGUUCUUCAGAAGCGUUCACAGGUGCAGGGGUUGCUGGGCGGAGGCGUGGGGGGCAGCAGCACUGCAGGCGGCGGCGGCCUGCCAACAGCCGCCGAUGUUCCUCCUUCUGCCCUUCAGGAGCGGUCACAAGGACAGGGGUCCAUGGGCCCUGCUAUAGGUGACGGCGGCGGCGGCAGCCCUGUAGGCGGCGGCGGCCUGCCAACAGCCGCCGAUGUUCCUCCUUCUGCCCUUCAGGAGCGGUCACAGGGACAGGGGUCCAUGGGCCCUGCUAUAGGUGACGGCGGCGGCGGCAGCCCUGUAGGCGGCGGCGGCCUGCCAGCAGCCGCCGCCGUUCCUCCUCCUGCCCUUCAGGGGCGGUUGCAGGGACAGGGGUCCAUGGACCCUGCUAGAGGUGGCAGCGACGGCGGGAGUAGCACUGCAGGCGCCGGCGGCCUGCCAACAGCCGCCGCUGUUCCUCAUCCUGCCCUUCAGGAGCGGUCACAGGAACAGGGAUUAGGCCCUGCUAUAGGUGGCGGCGCCAGCAGCAGCACUUUAGGCGGCGUCCUCCAGCCAGCAGCCGCCGCCAUUCGUCAUCCUGCCCAUCAGGGGUGGCUGCAGGGGCUGGGGCUCGUGGGCUUUGGUGCAGGUUUUGGAGGCCGCAACACCGUAGGCGGCGGCGGCCUGCCAAUAGCCGCCGCUGUUCCUCCUUCUGCCCUUCAGGGGCGGUCGCAAGGGCAGGGUUCCAUGGGCCCUAGUGCAGGUGGCGGCGGCAGCAGCAGCACUAUAGGCGGCGGCCUCCUGCCCACAGCCGCCGCUGUUCCUCCUCCUGCCCAUCAGGGGUGGCUGCAGGGGCUGGAACUCGUGGGCCCUGCUAUAGGUGGCGGCGCCAGCAGCAGCACUAUAGGCGGCGGCCUCCUGCCAACAGCCGCGGCCGUUCCUCCUCCUGCCCUUCAGGGGCGGUCGCAGGGGCUGGGGCUCGUGGGCUUUGGUGCAGCUUGUGGAGGCAGCAAUACCGUAGGCGGCGGCGGCCUGCCAACAGCCGCCGCUGUUCCUCCUUCUGCCCUUCAGGGGCGGUUACAGGGACAGGGGUCCAUGGGCCCUGCUAUAGGUGGCGGCGGCGGCGGCAGCAGCACUGCAGGCGGCGGCGGCAGCAGCACUGCAGGCGGCGGCGGCGGCCUGCCAACAGCCGCCGCUGUUCCUCCUCCUGCCCUUCAGGAGCGGUCACAGGGACAGGGGUCCAUGGGCCCUGCUAUAGGUGGCGGCGGCAGCAGCAGCACUUUAGGCGGCAUCCUCCAGCCAGCAGCCGCCGCCGUUCCUCAUCCUGGCCAUCAGGGGUGGCUGCAGGGGCUGGGGCUCGUGGGCUUUGGUGCCGGUUUUGGGGGCAGCAACACCGUAGGCGGCGGCGGCCUGCCAACAGCCGCCGCUGUUCCUCCUUCUGCCCUUCAGGGGCGGUCGCAAGGGCAGGGGUCCAUGGGCCCUGCUAUAGGUGGCGGCGGCGGCGGCAGCAGCACUGCAGGCGGCGGCGGCCUGCCAACAGCCGCCGCUGUUCCUCCUCCUGCCCUUCAGGAGCGGUCACAGGGACAGGGGUCCAUGGGCCCUGCUAUAGGUGGCGGCGGCGGCGGCAGUAGCACAGCAGGCGGCGGCGGCCUGCCAACAGCCGCUGCUGUUCCUCCUUCUGCCCUUCAGGGGCGGUCGCAGGGACAGGGGUCCAUAGGCCGUAGUGCAGGUGGCGGCGGCAGCAGCACUGCAGGCGGCGGCGGCCUGCCAACAGCCGCCGCUGUUCCUUCUUCUGCCCUUCAGGGGCGGUCGCAAGGGCAGGGGUCCACGGGCCCUGCUAUAGGUGGCGGCGGCGGCGGCAGUAGCACGGCAGGCGGCGGCGGCCUGCCAACAGCCGCUGCUAUUCCUCCUCCAGCCCCUCAGGGGCGGUCGCAGGGACAGGGGUCCAUAGGCCCUAGUGCAGGUGGCGGCGGCAGCAGCACUGCAGGCGGCGGCGGCGGCCUGCCAACAGCCGCCGCUGUUCCUCCUUCUGCCCUUCAGGGGCGGUCGCAGGGACAGGGUUCCAUGGGCCCUGCUAUAGGUGGCGGCGGCGGCGGCAGUAGCACAGCAGGCGGCGGCGGCCUGCCAACAGCCGCUGCUGUUCCUCCUUCUGCCCUUCAGGGGCGGUCGCAGGGACAGGGGUCCAUAGGCCCUAGUGCAGGUGGCGGCGGCAGCAGCAGGGCAGGCGGCGGCGGCCUGCCAACAGCCGCAGCUUUUCCUCCUUCUGCCCUUCAGGGGCGGUCGCAGGGACAGGGGUCCAUGGGCCCUGCUAUAGGUGGCGGCGGCGGCGGCAGUAGCACGGCAGGCGGCGGCCUGCCAACAGCCGCAGCUGUUCCUCCUUCUGCCCUUCAGGGGCGGUCGCAGGGACAGGGGUCCAUGGGCCCUGCUAUAGGUGGCGGCGGCGGCGGCAGUAGCACGGCAGGCGGCGGCGGCCUGCCAACAGCCGCUGCUGUUCCUCCUUCUGCCCUUCAGGGGCGGUCGCAGGGACAGGGGUCCAUAGGCCCUAGUGCAGGUGGCGGCGGCAGCAGCACUGCAGGCAGCGGCGGCCUGCCAACAGCCGCCGCUGUUCCUCCAGCCCUUCAGGGGCGGUCACAGGGACAGGGGUCCAUGGGCCCUGCUAUAGGUGGCGGCGGUGGCGGCAUGCCAACAGCCGCCGCCGUUCCGCAUCCUGCCCAUCGAGGCCGGUCGCAAGGGCAGGGGCCGUUGGGUGGAGGCGUACGUCACUUUCGUGGCCACACCACCAUGCGUGCUGGAGGCGAGGUGCUAGCACGGGCUCCCUACGUCCGGCUGGCGCAGGAGGUAAUGCAGCUGGCAGAGAAGCGUGGCACCAGCCUCUCGCUGGAGGCUCAACUGGUUGUGGAGCAGCAUCUGCGCAGCUGUCGUGAGCUGCUGUUGCAAGGCGAGCCCGUCCCGGCCACAGAUGGUGCCUCCAGCGACACCUCUGCCAGACAGCUCCAGCAAGGUCGGUGCGGGAUGACGCCAGAAACGCGACCGCCUGGUAGUGAACCAUGCCAGCGGUCACCAACCGACAACCCCACGAGGCAUCAAAACCAGCGAGACAGCCGCAAGCGUUCCUCCAAGGACAGCGAUGGCAGCACCAGCGACAGGUACGAGGAGGCCGGUCCGUCACGUGAUGGCAAGCGGCAAGCAACAGGUCCACUGCUAGGUGCAGCAGCUGAAUAGCCGAAGGCGUGUACGAAGCGGGGGCUGUGGACCGCAGGUGGUGCAUGAGGUUGUGUAUAACAACUGAGCGUACAAAAGGAUGUGUAUAACAACUGAGCGUGCUUAAGGAUGUACGUAGCUGACAAGGGGGUAACAACGAAUUGCGCUUUGUUGUAUCGGUAGUUGGCAGUAGUCUGAAGGGGCGGUGCAUCAUCUAGGGUUCAGUACAGCAAUUCAAACCAAGACUGCUGGCCCUUUCCAGCACAAUCUUGCCUAUGGCUAAGCAUACCAUGCUGUAGAAAUUGUCUGUUAUGUUCUACCCUUCUUCCACCCUGUAUUAGCUGUCCACUAUACAACCCUAUCGCGACGCGCGCUUUCUCAAGCACAAGGCUUCCAGCUACCUGAAUAUAGCUUGGAUUAGUUGUUGAACACAAGUUGAAGCCUAGCAAAUCACAACGUGCUUCUAGCUCAGGGCUAGCGGAGUGCUUGCUGCCGCAAGCAGAAACAUAAGACCUACAAACGUAGAGAGGCUGUAAACGUCCAGCGGGUGAACUGGAGACGAUACGCAUUCUAACUCUACGCGCAGGGAGAGUUUUUGCCUUGGACAUGCGUGGCUCCAGCAUUUAGCAUGCGGGCGGACCUGGAAGACCGGCUUGCCGCCCUUGAGCAUGAGGUUCGGCGCCUUCGCAACAGCAGCAAAGCGUUUAAAGCGGAGCUCAGCGUUCUGCGGAGUAGCGGCAGCGAGGAGUUAGCUAGGACUUUGCGGCGCAGCCUCAUAAAUGAAGCACGUACGUUCCUGGAAGCCGAGGCUGGGCCGCGCUUGCAGGGCGUAGAGAAGGAAGAGCCUUGGGAUGACUACGUCGAUCGAAUUUACAACGCACUCGGCGUCGAGUGGUUUGCACAGAAGGCGUUUCCCAUCUCGUGCUUUGUGCUUUUGUCAACGUCGACAAACCAGAACGCCUCAUCUCAACCAGACACGGACGCCACUCACCACCUGCGAACACAAAACCCUGGUGUCUUCCGCGCCACGUACCUCUUGGGCCUGAGCGACGAGGAGCGGGGCGUGUGGGAGAAAUUGUACAACUUCCUGUCACGCGUGUCCACCUGACACGCACCACUGUAGCACCGACAUGUGGAUCUUGCAAGCAUUCUCCUCAACGAGGGCGGCCACGGCCAUAACCGUCGUCAGCAGCAUUUGUAGCACGGCUGGACCGCUGCCGCAUUGGUGCGCCCACUGCCCUCCACUGCUGGGUUGACCGAUCGCAUGACUUGCGGUGAAGUAGUGCAUGCAGCGCGAACCGCAACAGCUCUUCCCUUGCGCACCUUGCAAGGACUCCUGUCCAUGUGAUUUAAAAAUAUACAAAGGUGAAGUGAAUUCACUUGUACCACUUGACAUGUGUGUUGGCGAACGAACUAUUGCUGUGGGUUGCUACCCAGCAGACAAUAGCUACACGAGUCCAGCUGCUUAGGGUGUUUCCUGUCCGCAUGUCUGUGGUGUCUAGAGUACAUCGGGCGCUGCGAUUGGGGGAUCCUUGGUGCGGGUGCUGUGGCUCAUAGCAGCGGACUUGAGCAUAUGGUAAACGCCAUGGUCAACUGGGCAGGUCGCGUCUGCCGAACGCAUGGGCAGUUGUCCAGGACUCGAGGGUUCCCUUUCAGUGGUGUUGGAGUGCAAUAGGGGGGCUACGGCGGGGGGAUGUACAACAGUAGUCCACACGUGUUCGGUGUCCGGCAACCAGGUGACUGCUGGCAUCUGCCGGGGAUUCGAUGUGAAGAGGCGGAAUCACUUCCCUAUUAUGACUGCCAUCCCGGCUGUUAUCUCCUUUCUUGCUGAUCUCCCCGUAGGGGCUUUGGCUAUGAGAUUUCUGUCCUCUUGUUUCCUGUUGAUGGUUGUGUUGAGGCUUGGGGUAUCGUUUGCACUUGCAAAUGAAAGCGCGUGCGACCGGGGGUGCAGCCAAAGCGUGCCGCUGUCUUACGUGCCUAGUACCGGUAAGCGACUUUGGUGAAGCGGGUUUGCGUAUAGCGCGUCGUGUUGCUAUUUGCUCCAAGGGCCCAAUGCUCACAGCCGA